GUUCUCUUUUCCGGCUGUCAUACGCGUCGCUGUCACCGCAACUAUCGUGUUUAUACUUAACUUUUAAAACAUAUAAUAUUUUUAUCACUCAGUUACCAAACAGUUAUCAGCAACAGUGACAAUCAUACUCAUUAAUAUUAUCAAUUACAUGAGUUAAAGUAAGAUCAGUGGGUCUACUUGAGUUUACUAAUGCAAGAUGGCUUGGAGAUUCAAGGCUUCCAAGUAUAAAAAUGCGACACCAAUUGUCCCGAAGCCUGAGGCAUGUAUUAGGGACAUUUGCGUGGGUUCAUAUCAAACUUAUGGCAACAAUAUUGCGGCUUCUGCUGCCUUUAUGGCAUUUAAUGUUGACCAUAAUGGAUCGAGUUUGGCAGUUUUGCCAUUGGAAGAUUGUGGUAGAAAAAGUAAAACAAUGCCACUACUUCAUGCUCACGCGGACACAGUAACAGACAUGGAUUUUUCGCCAUUUCAUGACGGACUGCUGGCAACUGGAUCACAAGAUUGUCUUGUUAAGUUAUGGCACAUUCCAGAAGUGGGCUUAGAAGAAUCCCUGUGCAAUCCCGAGUGCACUUUUUCUCACCGUCAAAGACGAGUGGAAGUGGUGCGCUGGCACCCCACUGCUGAGCAUCUGUUGACAACAGUAUCCUAUACAAAUUUAUCACUGUGGGAUGUUAUUUCCCAGCAAGAAUUAUUCUCAAACAAUGAACACGCUGAUGUGAUACAGUCUUUGAGCUGGAAGUAUGACGGAAGUCUAUUGGCAACGUCGUGCAAAGACAAACAAGUGCGAAUAAUAGAUCCGCGUGCUAGUAAGUCCAUUGUCCAAAUGUCCUCAAGCCACCAAAGUAUCAAGGACUCGAGGAUCGUGUGGCUGGGCAACGGUGACCGUCUCUUGACAACGGGAUUCGAUGCCGCUAGACUCAGACAAGUAUUUAUACGCGAUCUCAGGAAUUUAAAUGACCCGGUUAAGACUCUGGAGCUGGACUGCAGCACCGGAAUUCUCAUGCCGCUCUUUGAUCCUGACACAAACAUGCUUUUCCUCGCUGGCAAAGGCGACACCACGAUAAUGUACCUCGAGGUCACCGACAAGGAUCCAUUUUUAGUCGAAGGAAUAAGACACAGCGGGGAACAGACCAAGGGAGUCUCGCUAGUUCCCAAGCGGGCUUUAAAUGUUAUGCAAGCUGAAGUCAAUCGAGUGCUGCAGCUCACUUCCAAUAUGGUCAUUCCUAUUAUGUAUCAAGUGCCACGUAAGACAUACAGAGAUUUCCACGGUGACAUAUAUCCUGAUACCGCUGGUUGUCUUGCUCAAAAUACUGCCGAGGCUUGGAUUAAAGGUCACAAUGCUCCAGUUCCUAAAAUAUCUUUAGAUCCAGCGAAACGCGCCAAAGGAGAAGAACCGAUAAUGAUACACAAAGGAAAUCUGUCGUCGCUGAAAGAAACACAACAGGAAAUAAAAGUAGAGAAUGCUAAGGCCGCUAAGAGCCUACACUCGACGCCGAAAGGUUUUGUACAGUCGUCCAAGAUACAGUCAAUCAUACAGGAGCGGGAGAAGGUCGAGAAGAAGGAAAAGGAAGUGGAAAAAGAUCGAGUGAAGGAACGGGAGAAGGAUAAUAAAGAUAAAGAUAAGGAAAAGGAAAAGGAAAAAGAUAAGGAGAAGGAGAAGAAUAAAAAAAUUGAGUAUGAGCCGGAGAGAAUUGAGCAGCAGCAACAACAGCAAACGCCUGUCAGAUCUGAUACGGAUGAAGAUAUAAAGGGGAAGAUACUAAACGGGCAAUCAGUGCCUCCUAAACCACUGCCGAGAUCUUCUCGGGCAAAUAGUAUUUCUGAGGAAGAGCCCAAACCUGUCGCACGUCCUAGAACUUCGCCGAGUACUGGCUCUGUUGUCACGUCUGUUAAUCCUAAUAUGGUUGGAGGCUACAAGCCAAGACUGGGACCAAAACCCUUCCAAGCUAAGUCAGGUAGCCAGGAGUUUUCAUUUGACAAGGUGUUUUCAGUUCCGGUAGCACCAAGCAGUGAUAGCAAUGGUUACACAACAGCAGAUACAAACGCUUGUUCAGACACAAAUGUGAUCACAGACUCUGAUAAAUCACCGACUGAUGACAAUGAACGAAUCAAGGAAACAGAGAAUGGGAAAAGUGACUCAAGUUCUAUGGAGGAAGAUGCAAACUCGAGUGACUCGGGUUAUAAACCAAAGACACCUAGUACUGCUGAAAGACGUAAACUGUUUGAGAUAAAAGUAAAAGAUGAGUCGCCGGAGAGUGAAGAGCAGCCAGGAAGUCUUGAACGUGGAGGCGCUAACAGAAAUUCAAUUGCUGAAAGACGAAGAUUGUAUGAAAGUCGAUCUGUCUCGGUGACUGAUGGGAAUCUUGCGGAAAAAGCCAUGGGUUCACCAACGGCACUGAGAAGAAGAGACUCAUUCAAAACAAAGAGCGAAGUAAUCAAAGAAGAUGACGUUAAAAAAAUAGUACCAAUGUUACGGCAGCAGAGUAUGGAUCCACGUUUGGAAAAACCAGAACCUAUCUCAACACCAACACCCAAAAGAACCUCCACGGUAUUUGGUCGUGUAUCGAAAUUCCGGCAUUUAAAGGGAACGCCGGGUCAUAAAUCGACGCACAUUGAAAACAUUCGUAAUAUCAGUCGACAGAUUUCUGGUGAAUGCGAUGGUUUUCAUGCCAACUCUGACCGUGUAGCUGUGCCGCUGAGUGGUCCGGGGGGUAAAAUUGCAGUACUGGAGCUCAAAAAAACUGGAAGACUUCCAGAUGGCGUUAUGCCAGCUCUGGUACAUGGUGCAAGUAUUAUGGAUUUCCAGUGGGAUCCAUUCGACAAUCAGAGACUCGCUGUUGCUUGUGACGACGGCAUUAUCAGACUGUGGGAGAUACCAGUCGGUGGAUUAAUUGAACCGACAAACGAACCUAAAUACACCAUUGAAGCCCACUCAGACAAAAUUUAUCUUAUUAAAUUUCAUCCACUGGCUGCUGGUGUCUUAACUUCAGCUUCUUAUGACACGACUGUUAAAUUAUGGGAUCUAGAGCCUCUUUCUACGAGUGCAGCCGCCGCUAAAAUCACUCUUACUGGACACACUGAUCAGAUUUUCAGCCUCGCGUGGUCUCCUUGCGGGCAGUAUCUCGCGACAGCAUGCAAAGAUGGUAAACUGAGGGUCUACAAGCCUCGCGCAAGCGAAACUGCCAUCAACGAGGGCAAAGGACCUGUUGGCACUCGAGGCGCACGAGUUGUCUGGGCUCUAGACGGCCGUUUUCUCGUCGUCAUUGGCUUUGACAAAGUAUCCGAGCGGCAAAUAAUGAUUUUCAAAGCUGAUAAAUUAAAUUCCCCAUUGAAUACUGUAGGAUUGGAUGUAUCACCGGCUAUUUUAAUGCCGUUUUACGACGAAGACAGUUCAACUCUGUUCCUAACAGGACGUGGUGACUCGACAAUCUAUACUUUUGAAAUCACUGAAGAGGCUCCCUACUGCUGUCCACUGAGUCACCAUCGCUGUGCCAGUCUUCAUCAGGGACUGUCAUUUCUUCCGAAAAAUAAGUGCGACAUACCAAGUGUCGAAUUCGCUUCAGCACUCAGACUCACGAAUAAUACUAUUGAACCUUUGAGCUUCACUGUCCCGCGAAUCAAGAGCGAACUCUUCCAGGAUGAUCUCUUCCCACCAACCAGGGUUACUUGGAAUCCUACACUCACUUCUACUGAAUGGUUCAGUGGCGCCAAUAAACAAGCACCGAGGAUAAGUUUAAAACCACCUGGAAUGGAUUGCUUAACGGAAAAUCAAGGACAGGGAGUUGUCACAGCACCAAUUUCAGCAAAACAGACCUCACAGUUUUCAGUAUCAUCGCAAUCAUUAACAAGAAUGGGAUGGAAUCAAGAUCUAAUAAAAGCUAAACAAGAUGAGAUCCAAAAAAAUAUGAGCAACAUGGUCGGUGACAUGAUUCAGUGUUCACUGGAGCAGGAUCACAUGGAGGGGGUUGACGAGCACGAAUGGGACGAUUAAAGCAAUUUUCAUAAAUUCACCGCUUCAAGAUUAUUUUGAAUGUGCAAAUAAAGCUGCGAUCGUGUGCAAGACCAGCCAUUUGGCUCACCAGAGCUAAGCCAUACAAUUACUUUAUUAAACUUAUAUUAUUUCUCUUGUUUUAUAUUUUCAUAACAAAAGUAUUCAAUACUACGCCAUUGUCUGGAUUAAUUAAGUACUAAAUAUUAAAUAAUACGCCAAUCCACGACGAUUAUUAUUAACUAAUUAAUUAAUUAAUUUUAAUUAACACAACUGGCUAUUAAUUUUGUGCUAUUUAAUAGAACAUAAAUUUUUUUUUGCCAUAUAUUUAUUUAAAUUGCAAUUAGAGCUCGUGCUACACAUUGUAAAUUUUGUCUUUAAAAGAAGAAAAAAAAAUCAAUUCCUUAUAAAUUAACUGCGAGCUCGAGAAUACUAUUUACUCAAUUAAUUAUUAUUAUUGUGCGUUUUUAAAUAGUAACGCGUGAUAGCUCUAGUCUGGAAUGAUUUUUUUUUUAAUUAUUAUUAUUAUUAUUAUUAUUAUUAAUAUUGAUUGUAUUUUUUAAAAGACCAUAUUGUCUAUCGUACGUAAUAUUGAUACUAAAAUUUUAGUAUUAUAAUUACAUUAUUAUAUUUGUAGAUUUAUAUAGAAGCGAGUAGGCGAUUUACUUUUGAGCAAUAAUAUUUCGCCAAAGUAGUCGUAUUUUUUCUUCUUCAUCUUCGUCUUUGUCUAUAAUAAUCUUGUCUUUAAAUUUAAAAAAAUUUAAAAA